AUGCAGACCAGCAGAUACAGACAGAUUUCGCAGGAAUACACGGCAGAUUUCAGGUUCUCUCAAGCGAUGCAGCCACCAUUUCACUUUACAAAGCGUUGUUUCGGACGAAUGCCCGGUUGGUUUGUGAGCAACCAACGACUACCGGUUUUGCACACGGCAGUUGGACCAUCAAUUUCGAGGAUGCCCACCAUAUGCUCUAAACAGGCGGAACAUAACCUGAAACGGCAUGCAAAACUUCUCACACACGAUAUGGAUGGGCGAUGUAAGUUUGUAUUAUCAAAUCUAUUUUUGAGGUACUUUCAGCUCGAGCCUUAUAUGGAUGAAACGUUCAUCCGAAAGGCAUUCGAUUUUCACGAUGAAAAAGUUGUCAGCGUCAAAAUCAUCCGGAACAAAACUCGAAGAUUCAAAUUAAAUCAUGCCAGUUACGGCAAGGACAGUUCCUCUGGGUAUGCCUUCUGUUGUACCCUUUUGAUUACAUUCCCACUUAGAGAGUUUUCCCUUUUUGUGGGGGAGUUAACCGAAGACGUCGACGACUUGGCCCUCUUCAACGCCUUUAAGAAGUAUCCGUCCUGCAGAUCAGCCAAAGUCGUCAUGAAUAACGGCAAAAGCCGAGGUUAUGGAUUCGUCCGCUUCAGUAGUGAGAGUGACCAGGACAAGGCGCUCAUUGAAAUGCAAAAUUUCUGUGGUCUCGGCUACAAACCCAUCCGAGUCAGUUUGGCCAUACCAAAGCGCUAUACCAUGGACGGCAAUCUUAUCCUUGGUACAGGCCCCGAAACCUCCUCCUCUUUGAUUCCCAGUGGUGAGUUGCUCUGCCUUUCUCGUUGUUUUCGUCAUUGUUGA